GUGGACAAGGCGGACAACAACAACACGACCAACUCCACGACUAACAACAUCCAUAACAACGCGGACACAUAUGAGCCUAUGAACCACAAGUUCCCCUCUUCAUAUCCUAGAUUGCCAAUGACACCUGCAGAAGCUCUCAGGUAUUAUGGUUCGAGGCUUACCGAAUUCGAGCGCACUGAAAUCGAGAAAUACUCAGAAAUUUGGUACCUCGGUCUGUCAGCUACGAAGAUUCAUGGCGAAGAGGGCGCUUCCCAAAAUGGUGGAUACGACGAUGAAAACGGUAGUUACAACAAGGUCUUCCACGAUCAUAUCUCGUACAGAUACGAGAUACUGGAAGUGAUCGGGAAGGGAAGCUUCGGACAAGUGAUCAAAGCGAAGGAUCAUAAGACGGGACAGUACAUUGCCAUCAAGAUUAUCAGGAACAAAAAGAGAUUCCAUUAUCAGGCGCUCGUCGAAGUGGAAAUCUUGGAACACCUCAGGAAGAAAGACUUGGAAGCGAACGCGUCGCACAAUGUGAUACACAUGCUAGAAUACUUCUACUUCAGGAACCAUUUGUGCAUCACCUUUGAGUUAAUGAGUUUGAAUUUGUACGAGCUAAUCAAAAAGAAUAACUAUAAGGGAUUUAGCAUGAACCUAAUACGACGAUUCGCCAAUUCGUUAGUUAGCUGCCUGAGAUUACUGUAUCGAGAAAAAAUCAUUCACUGCGAUUUGAAACCCGAAAACGUGCUUCUCAAACAACGGGGAAGUAGCUCGAUUAAAGUGAUAGACUUCGGAUCCUCGUGUUACAGUCAUCUACGUGUAUAUACGUAUCUUCAGUCCAGGUUUUAUCGAAGUCCAGAAGUGAUUCUGGGUCAUCCAUAUGGUACCCCAAUCGAUAUGUGGAGUUUAGGCUGCAUCCUGGCCGAACUUUACACCGGUUGUCCAUUGUUCCCGGGUGAGGACGAAAUUGAACAGCUUGCCUGCAUCAUGGAAGUUCUUGGUCUACCACCUGAACACAUUAUUAGUCAUGCGUCCCGUCGUAGACUAUUCUUCGACCAGAAAGGAGGAGGUCCUCGAUGCGUAACAAACAGCAAGGGCAAGAAAAGGUGGGCUGGUAGCAAAAAUCUUAGCAUGGUUCUCCAUUGUAGCGACACGCUUUUCGUGGACUUUAUCAGCAGAUGCCUCGAGUGGGAUCCAAAGAAGCGCAUGACCCCCGACGAGGCGAUGCGUCACGAGUGGUUGAACUCGUCGUCCUCCUUUAAUGUGAGCUCCUUGACGUCGACGAUACCUGUGUCGACGGUAAACGCCAAUACGAAUACGAACGCAAAUACAACGAGCAUGGAGACCUCAUCACAGUCUGCCCACGCGCAAACGGUGAGCGUGACAGUGAGCGCGCCAAGGCAACGGGCAACUACCGUUGAGGAUCCCCCGUACACGAUGUACCGUUUGUGCAAGGGGCGCAAAUACGUACAGAGGAUCAGUACGACCGAAAAUACCGAUAAUUCAGGCCUCGUGGUGAAGAGCAAGCUGAACGGAAGCGCGAGCAGCCACGCGCUCGCGAGUAGCACGCAGACCACUACCUCGAGACACGCCUCGACCGGCGAUAUCGUCGCGAGUCUGGACCCAAAUCUCGACGAUUCCGGUACGUUUUUACCGCCGAUAUUGUGAAAUCGGUUUUGCGCUACCCACUUCUAGAUGCUUUCGUACGUACCGUGUCGCGAUCGAACAGCACUCGCUCUCCGAUCUACACCGAGGUGAUAACGAUUGUUUAUACACAUUUAGGAUUGACAGGCGUAUUGGAUCUCUUUACGUUAGAACGAACACUGUUGUAAGGUUGAUUUGGUCACGACAAUAAAAACAAGCCACGUACAUACAUACACGGUUAACCGUGCGCAGUUAAGGCCAAAAUAAUUCGGUUUAGGAAUCCAUUAGGACGAUAGUAAUUCUUAUGAAGGUAGAUCACGUUGUUCACCAAUCACACAAGUAGCAAGUUUCGAAAUUCGGUGUACUCGAAGAGUGAGAGAACUCUUGGAAUGAUACAUGACAUCGAGGCAUGUAGAAAUGGCUGGCUGUGGAUCGGCCCGAUCGUUCUCGACGUCGAAAGACUAGAUGUUUCUUGCUAGCCUUUCGACGUGUAUCGAGGAGCAGGGCCAAAACAAUUUGACGAGGCGCGCGCGUGCCACGAACAACGAGCAUGGUUUUUAAUAUAGUUAACAGAAAACGCGGUCGUUUCGGUUCGUUCAUUCGCGACUGACAAAAGUAAAGGAAACCUGAUCCCAGCGGCCCGACGUCACUCAGGUAAUAUCUUAAACGACGCGCGUGCACCAAUAUCGUAGAAGUCGAUCGGAAGUAGAGUUUCGUCCCCCUCCUCUAAACACUCCCUUAUCCUCCAGGUAUAGCGAGAAUUUUACUAUCCUAACCGAUGAUAUGCGUAUUGCGAGUCGCGUCGAAGAAAGAGGGGAUCGUUCGACGCGUGCGCAUUCUUCCAACGAUGAUGAUUGUGCGUUGGUCACCGAGAUUUCCAACGUGACCGACGUCCUCUUCACCCGCACAGUUCCCCUGUGUUAAAGCAUACAUAGAACAUAUAAUUAUAUAGGCGCAGACGAUCGUCGCGGUUAGUGACGUUGUAAGAAAAGUUCGAUUCGCAAUCGACAAGCGCAAAUUAAUGUUACGGUUAACUAUAUAUAUAUACAUAUACCCGUAUGUAUACUAUAUGUAUACGAAGAAAUAUACACGAGGAGAGCAGCGAAAGGGUGAAUGCGUUUUCAACGAGAUUCUCGCCUGAUACGAAAUUUCUCAUCGAGCAUUAUUCAGCAUCGAAUUGCAGUUAAGACAUAAAGAAAGGAGUAAAGGAAUAAAGAAAACGGGGAAAAAAGAGCAAGAAGAUAAGUAGAACCUGAGUCGUCUGAAACCCCGUGACAACAGGGUCGUGCCGAUUAAUAAUGAAACGUCAAGGCAAACCUCGGCGCCACCAGUACGAGAAAAAGAGAGAGCUGCCCACAGAAGCACUUUGUUCGACUAUAGUCUGAGCG